AUGUAUGAUAUUGAUCAAGACAUUGUUCUUUCUCUAAAUUUCUCAACAGACAGCACAAUUCAAAUAACACCCUACCCAGUCCAAAAGGAAAUUGGAGCCUUAGAAAGGAGUUUGACACUUUAUUCAGAAGACUCUCAGUAUUUUUUUAAUGUUUCAUUCACAUUUGUAAAAUGCCCUCAAAUGUUUACAAUGGAUGAUGUGGUUAUAUCAGGUCAACCAGCAGUUGAAUGUAUCCCAGAACAAGUUGUACUCUCAAGAGAUUUUGUAAUUCUAGUUGCUGUUCCAACUUCAAUUGCUGUUCUAAUACUGGGAAUAUCUAUUGGUCUGUUUUCUCUUUAUGUCCUUAACUUUAUUUCGGUAAGAAUGUGGAGACUGAAAAAGAAAGAAAAAGCAGAAUUGGAAUUGGAAAUGAGAAUUAUUGACAAGAAAGUAAUAUUUCAAAAUUCUGUGGUUUCUUCCCAAUCUACAUUGUCAGAAACUGCCAAAUCAAAACAAUCAAACAAUAGUGAUCUAUCCGUUCCACUGAUAGAAAAGAAUGAAAAACCGUCAUUUAUUAUUCCUAUUGAAAAUAUUGAAAUUGUUAGAAAACUUGCCGAAGGAGGACUAGGAAUAGUUUAUCUUGGGAAAUUAGUUGGAAAAAUUGACGUUGCCAUAAAACUUCUGAAAUCGACCGACCAAGGAGAUGAGUUUGAGCAAGAAGCUUCAUUACUGAGCUCACUGAGACAUGAUAACAUUCUGACAUUAUUUGGUAUUUGUGUAACAUCAGAAAACAAAUACAUGGUUACUGAGUUUGCUGAAAUGGGCUCUCUUGAUAAAUCCUUAUACAGAGCCAGGAUUGGGGAAAUUACUCUUCCACUGAAGAACAAACUCUCUAUAUUAAUAGCCACAGCUAAAGGCAUUGAAUAUUUACACAAUUUGACACCAACUGUUGUUCACCGUGAUUUACACUACUUUUUAACACAACUAAAAAAAAUGCAAGACUCAGAUGAAACAUUCAUUAUCAGAAACAUUCAACAAUAUGAAGAAGUAGACAUGCCACUCAGUGCCUUGUUACUUCAAAUCGUUCAAUCCUAUGGUUUCCAGUUGAAAGACCAUUCACAAUUUGACGACUUGGAAAGAAAAAUAAGAGAAUCGGCAAUUUCCACCUCGGGCUCUGAACUUUCUGAUAAAGAAUUGCAAGAAAUUUCAAAGUUGGCACAACAAGCAGAACCAUUAUUGACAGAAAAAUCAAAAAUUAGAGGAGCUUUGAGAGAAAGAAUGAUACUUGUUGCUCCUCGAGUUUAUGAAAAGCUUGGUGAAGUUGUUGGAGCUAGAAUGAUCCAAAAGUUUGGAUUAGAAAACAUGAUUAAUCAGGAAUAA